AUGUGGUUCAUUAAAUACGCAUCUCUAAUAUUAAUUUGGUUAGAUGCGGUGCGAGGGGGGCUCUCUGUUCGCAAGUUCGUGUAUCAAGUUGACUUGUCAGAGCAUUGUAGACGACGCGUGAUGCCGUCGGUAUUUCUUGGAAGACAUGUGGUGGAAGCUAAUUCGCAGAUUCUGCACUUCUCUCAGCUAGAUGUGCCCUAUAGCUGCUAUAUUAGCAUUAGAACGGAGUCAGGAAGCAAUAUUAUUCUAGUGACUCAAGUAUCGUCCCAAAACAACAAUGAGUUCACAUGUAGCGAUGACGAGAAUCAAGUUUUAGUAUACGAGUUUGGAGAAACCUUCGGCGGUUAUUGGGGGCCGAUACCCGACUCCGUACUGAAGCAUAACAAUCCUAGUUCCCCCGUUGUAUAUACGGUGGCAACUCGGCCCCCAACGACGACAACAGCUAAUUAUGAUUAUGAUUAUAAUGAUGAAACAACUACCGCAUCCACCAAUGCUGCAAAAACCAAAGCAGUUUAUAAACAAAAUGAAGGUGAUUUCAUCAGAAUCGAAGUACCGCUUAUGAACGUUUCUGGACGAUACGUGGAGAGUGAUUCUUUGCCCGAGAGAGCUUUUGAGUUUCACGAGAAUUUCGAUCUUCUUUACGACGUUGCUCCAAAGCCGGGUGUAGAGUAUUCGACGUCAGUAAUGCCAGUGGUACAGUUCGGAAUGCAGUCGUCGCCGUCGUUAGACAAACUACACGUUGGCGGCACCGAUUUCGGCGCAUCUUCCCGGCAACAUAAAGGGCUUCGCUUUCAGCUCGAUUACGAUAUUGCAGACUUUACGCCAGAUCCUAGAUUAACUUUCUCUUACUCACUGGACAAAACAGCCAAAGUAAGAAAUUAUUUACCUAAAAAGGGAACACAUUUCACAAGAAAAUCACCUUAUGAAGAGGAAAACGUUGAUAUUUAUUUAAACGAUACAAUUGACAGCACAACAAUAAAAAAACAAGCAGUCUCAAUUGAUAAAACAACAAAGAAUAUUGAGUGGGAUGAUGUUGAACAGUUAAUGAAAUCUCUCACCAAUACAACAGGUUCCGUGAAGGAUGGAAUCGAUAAUAUACAGAAGUCAAACUCGAGAAAUAUUUCGGACUUAUUACUUAGAAUGUCAAAUGUUGAUCACAAUUCCAGCGCUUAUCUCGCAUCAAAUUGGUCACUAUUUAACAACAUGAAGACGAAUAAUUUCGAAGAUAUUAAAACCACAACAGAUACAACAACAAAGAGCGCUACACCGAUUUUAAGGAGUGAAGACUUGUUCCGUUUAAUUGAAGAAAGUUCCGAAGAAGUAAAAACAUCAUUCGACAAAACGAUAACAAAUAAUAAAAUAACAAAUAUCAACAAAAAUCCUACAACUUUGAGUUCAAUUGAAUCAACAACUGCUACCACAAGAUCAUUGAACAAGAGUUCAAGUAAAGAAGUAUUACGGGAGGCAAUUAGUAUGGUUAACGAUACCCAUCCAACUGAAUUCGAGAAUGAGUUUACAGAUGAUGAUUCCUAUAUUACUGUAACUGAUGAGGAAACUCACGUUACGCCAACGAAAAACGUUAACACGGAAAACGAAGCUAGAAUUACAACAAUAGAUGAACUUGAUGAAUUAGUAGACAGAAGAGCAUUUAAUCCUUUGACGUAUGACAAAGAAGGGACUUUAAUACCUCCAAAUAUAGAUGUAACAAGUAAAAUAGUGACUAAAGUUACCACUAUCAACAACUCUACUUUUUUACAUGUUACGAAAAAUACAAAGAAGUCUGAUGAGAAGAGACAAACUGGACCAAUGGUAGAUCACAAAUCAUUUGAAAACGUGGUGAAAGCAGCGCCAGUAAUGGCCGACAUUUUGGCCACCAAUGCUGGAUCAACCACACCCUUCGAUCAAAAUCAAAUUCGGAGAAAGAAAAGGCGCGGGGCUACAAAAUCUGCGAGACCAAAACGAUACGUGAGUGUGAUUCCUAUCGAGGGUGCUCGUCCACAUAGCUUGACUCAGGGACCCAUAAAAGGUACCACCAUGGAGUCGGUUUAUCAUUUCUACGAUCGCCAGGAUUUCGAACAGUUAGUCGAGUUGCAGGAUGAUGGGAUAUACGGGCACAUGGUUCUGCGGUACAUGCGCCGCUACGUUGGUGCUGUGCUUUUUAACCUAUGCAAGGAGCACGCCGAGUUCAAUGUAUACCUUUUCAAUGCUUCGAGGAUUGUUCUUGCCAUUAACAAUUUUACGUUGAAGCGCAUGACGGUGGUAGCGACCCCUGCACGUACAAUGGUCAACAGCGGCGGACAUUGCCCUGAUCUCUAUCUAGAAUGUCAGAUUAAGGGAGCUCGCGUAUGCGUCGAUACAGUGACGGCCUGUGACGGUGUGCCUAAUUGUGGUGCCUGGGAAAUUUACGACGAAGACAGGCUCUACUGUGGAGCAGACAAAGGGAAUCAGCAGAACGUAUACCUGACGGCAUUAACAUUUCUUGCCGUUAUGAUGACAUCAUCGUAUACGGUGUACUAUUGGCUGAGGCGGUGCGUGCCGAAGGUUUCUGAUGCCUUCUUUAUUUACACUGAUGGCAUCGAAAAUGUGCUCUAUUUAGAUACAGUGAUGCGGUCCCACAAUGAUAUCGAAAACGCCUCAAAAAUAAUGCCCAAUUUCUACUAUUACACCGAUCUCGACAUGGUGGGAUUGAAACCAAAAGAAACAACGAUACAGAAAAUAAUAAGCUUUUUCAGAAACUGCUGUAGGAAGAAAACAACAUUUCGUGACUCUGGGGCAGUCGUCCGAACAGACUCUUUUCUGUCAAGACAAAUGAAAAUGUUCUCAUUUUCUGAAGUUGAACUUAAGAAAAUGAAUACAAAUUUAUCUGAAAUAGGCGUACAAACGGGAGAUAGUUUGGAAAUGCAAUUGAAUUCGAAAGCGACGUACGGAAGGUUGAAACGCCAGCGUCACAUCUCACUGCAGCCUUACCAAGCGCCCCCAAUUAUGACUGCUAAAUGCAAAAUGGAACCUGUUUGUUCUAAAAUGAGAAGAAAUAAAGAAAUAUUUAACGAGGAUUUCGAAACAGGUUCCGAACAUUUAACGAGUAUAACGGAAGGGGUGCCACAACAUGCGAGUCAAGUCAGUGAGUUGAACAUGAUGAAGUUUUUCAAGGCUGUUAGGUCUGGGUCUAUCCAGGGGAGUAUGCCAUCGGAGCCGUAUGAUUUGCGGCUUGGCAGCGUUGCAUUUGAUGCUGAGACUGAGUUGAGAAACACUAUUUUUGACCAAAUGCAGUCGAUACGUGAUGAUAAGCUCGAAAAACGUAAACAGCGCUUACGUUCUUCAUUUAGUUCCUUCACGCAAACCGAACCAGUUGCCGGGCCAUCUGGAAACGUUUCCAAAAGAUUAAGGUUCGUAGAGCAGCAGCCCUCUGAUCAAGAGCACGACGAUGAAGAUCACGAGCACGGAAAAGAUUUACCGAGGCGAUUUUGGGGUGUAGGGAAACCAAAAGCAAAGAAGAAAACAACUUUGCCGUUUAUGCCUAGAUAAUUGAAAAAAUGGCGGCUGAUUGGCUAGUAAUUAUACGAGUCUUUUACACUUAAUUGUAUUUUUUAGUUCGACAUUGUACCUAUACUAUUAAGGUGUCAUUGGAAUUUAAUAAAAACAAGAAAAAUCUUUAUUUCAUAG